UCAUCGUGAAGCCUGGUCCUUGUCCUCUCUGUCAGGUGGGGUGUUGGAGGAGGUGGUGCAGCGGGUCCGCCCCCCCCUGGUGUUGGAGCUGGGGAUGCACUGUGGGUACAGCUCUGUGCGCCUGCUGCGUCUGCUGCCCCCUGCUGGCAGACUGAUCACAGUGGAGCUGGACCCCCUCACUGCAGAGCUGGGGGAGGAAAUCAUUCUGGUGUCUGGCUUCAAACACUCCCAGUUCCAGGUGUUGACUUCUAGCUCAGCCGAGGCCAUCCGAACGUUGCCUUCUUUACUCACUGAUCUUGAUAAAGGGAGCAGUGAGGGCUUCAGUCUGGUGCUGAUGGACCACGAUCCCCAGCAUUACCUCCCUGACCUGCUGUCUCUGGAGAGAGAGGAGCUCCUCCGCCCCUCCGGCUGCUCCGUCCUGCUGAUCCACAGGAAGCAAAGAGAUCUCAGAGAAAUCCUGGAUCACAUCGGAGCGAGGUCCGACUGCUACUGCAUCAAAUCAGAGCGCCAGGGUGUGACGGAGAUAUUCUGCCAGAAGAGAAGCACAGGGUUAGAUAGGUGAUACAACAUGCAUAUGGAAGUGAGGGCUUGUGGUUUGUGUGGACUAGAUCAACCAACAGUGUUAAACUUCCUUAUAUUACCAUAAAAGGCAUAAGGUCAAAGAAUUAAAGGAGGGGACAUUAACUACUUUCUAGAAUUUGUCAAGCUGUUGUUGUUUUUCGUUGGUU